AUGGAAGACAACAGCAAUUCAAAAUCUCCUCUCAAGGUUUCUACAAUGACCAACGACCAGGUAGAAGCAGCAGACGCAUUUGGUGUCGGUGAAGUUACUUUUGCUACUGACGGCACGGAGCUCCCUUCUAAAGCGCAAGAAGCGGAAUUCGCGGCAAUUUUGAAUGAUGCUAUAAAUCAUCGACGAUUGAGACCCAGUCAAAUCCAGUUUGCUGCCAUUGCCGGUUCAAUAGGGGCUGCUCUAUUCGUGGCUAUCGGCAGUGGAGUGUUGUCUGGACCUCUUUGUUUGCUCCUUGGCUUCAUUUUUUGGGCUUCCGUUGUGUUUUGUGUUGCUCAAUGUCAGACCGAGAUCAUCACCCUUUUCCCUCUGGAUGGUUCCUUCAUUCGGUUGGCGGGGCGCAUGGUCGACCCAGCUCUCGGUGUUGCAGUUGGUUGGAAUUAUUUUUUCUGUCAAACUUCGUACGUUAUGUUCGAAGCCACUGUCAUCAAUACCCUUGUUGAGUAUUGGGGCUACAAUCAAUCUCCUGCCAUCCUUAUUUCAGACCUAUUUGGCGAAGCAGAAUUGAUGUUAGGUGGCAACCCACUUCAUGAUCGUUUCGGAUUUCGUUACUGGAAAGACCCCGGUUUUUGGGCUGGAAGUAACCCAUCUGCCCGCUUGGAGUCAUUCAUAAAUGCCAUCAAUGUGGCCGGUUUCUGUAUCGGGGGUCCCGAGUAUAUCUCAAUCAUUGCUGGAGAGGCUCGAGAUCCCCGCAGAACAAUGCCACGAGCUUUCAGCAGUCUCAUGUUUCGACUACUGGUUUUCUUUAUUGGCGGAUCAUUCUGUGUCGGUGUACUCAUUCCAUACAAUGAUAAGACCCUAACUGAUGGCUCGAACACCUAUGCCGGCGGUUCCCCAUAUGUCAUCUCCAUGGAACGUCUACAAAUUCCGAUUUUGCCGUCUAUCGUCAAUGCAGGACUCAUCACAACUAUUAUCUCUGGUGGAAACGCAUAUACGUUCGGCGCUUCAAGAUCACUUCAUGCGUUGGCCCUCGAUGGACAGGCGCCCAAGUUUCUACGCAGAUUAAACAAGAAAGGAGUGCCUUACAUGGCUGUAAUUGUGGUUCUGCUCCUGGGUUGCCUUGCUUAUCUUUCUGUAAGCGCAGGCACGGCCAAGGUGGUAAACUGGAUUCUGAACUUUUGUACUGCUGCAACUAUGUUCAAUUGGACUGUGAUGUCUUUUACAUGGAUACGAUUCAACGCGGCAAUUAAGGCUCAAGGCAUUGACAGGAAUUCUUUUCUACCUAAAGUCUCCAAAUACCAGCCUCUGGCGGGUUACUGGGCUUUAUUCUGGGCCUUUUUGUUCCUAUGGGUCCAAGGCUACGCCGUCUUCACGAAAGGUAACUGGGAAGUAUCCACUUUCAUCUUCAACUACGGCAUAAUUGCUUUCGCUGGUGCCAUCGGAAUUGUCUGGAAAGUUGUUAAGCGAACCCGAUUCUACAGAAGCACCGAGGUCGAUUUGCGAUCCGGCUUGGAAUUGUUCGAUGUUUUGACAGAGCACUACCAACAGGAGCGUGAGAAUGUACCCUCUUCCCUCAAGGAGAGGAUAAUUGACAAACUAUUUUGA